AUGCUCAAUCUCCAAUUGGGUAUCAGGAAUGUGGUAGCUAUUCAAAGGCAUAACAUCAGAGCAUUUGAAGUUGAAUUAGAAAGGGCGUUUGCCGCAGCUGGAGCCGCUUUUCUAUCUGCAGUUAUAGUAAAUCCUCUCGAUGUCGCAAAGACUAGAUUGCAAGCUCAGGCUGCUAGUGUUCCAUAUCAGAAUCUCCACUCCACAUGUCGCUUUGAACCAAACACAAAGUAUAAAGGCACUCUAGAUGUGUUCCAGAAAGUUAUUCAUGAGGAAGGAUUUUCCCGACUUUGGAGAGGCACAAACGCAAGUUUAGCAUUGGCAGUACCCACGGUGGGUAUCUACAUGCAUUGUUAUGAUAUAUUGAGAAACUAUAUGGAAGCAUAUACAUCACAAAAUGCUCCAAGCGUGACACCUUAUGUCCCCUUAGUUGCAGGGUCUGUUGCCCGUUCAUUGGCUUGUGUUACUUGUUACCCUGUUGAACUUGCAAGAACUCGUAUGCAGGCAUUUAAAGAUGGCCAACAUGGAACAAAGCUUCCUGGAGUGUGGAAGACGCCAGUUGGGGUUGUUUCUGCAGACACAAACACCACGAAGAACCUUAAUAAUAAUAGCAGCUCAUUUCGUAGCUUUCGAUUCUUAUGGACGGGUCUUGGGGCACAACUAUCUCGUGAUGUUCCAUUUUCUGCGGUUUGCUGGGUUACCCUGGAACCAGUGAGGAGGCGGAUACUAGGAAUGUGGGGGGGGCAUGAAACUUGUGGUGUCAGUGUUGUUGUUGGUGCAAACUUUGCUGCUGGAUGCGUUGCGGGUGCCUCAACAUGUCCGUUAGACGUUGCAAAGACUCGCCGUCAAAUAGAGAAGGAUACAGUCCGAGCAUUGAGGAUGACAACAAGACAGACACUGGUGGAAAUAUGGAGGGAUGGAGGAAUGAAGGGACUUUUCACAGGAGUUGGUCCUCCCUCGUGUUGGACGCACAGGUCCUUCUGUUGGGAUUUAUGAAGUUGUCAAGUAUCUUCUACACGGCUACAAAACACAACACUAGAAUACCACAACACAUUGCCAUCAAUAUCAUUUGGAAAUGCCCAAAGACUAGAAUUACUACAACUCUAAAUCAUGAAAAUAUGACCCACAAACUCUUCCGUAUGAUUGAUUUUAGUAAUCUAGAAUCCUUGAUUCAUUGAUUGCUUAUUUGUUUAAGUAUAUGUAAAUAUAUGUUGAUGACAGAUUCAUAGUAUAUUUCUAAAUGGAUAAUAUUCUUCACCUG